AUGCCUCUUUUGGUCUCAAGUACUCUCCGUAAAGCAACAGAUACCCACUGCAGUGCCUUGAGGAGACCUUUAGUCCAUUACGGAGCACCAGACUAUUGCACGGACUUUUUUAUUCUCAUUCCCUUUUUGUCCAUCUACCAGAAAUGCCCACCAAUUCCGCCACGAAUAAUUAAGUCCCUCUCUCGUCCUCAUAUGAUGGCUGCGAAUUCUGGAUCAUACCCCAUUUCCUCAAAUUCUCGCAGAAAAUUAAAUGCCUUCUUAUAUGACAAUAAAGACGCAGCAGAUCUCCAAGUGCCACAGUCAGAGUUCAAAACGCCAUCGAAGACAGACUACGAGAACAAGGAAAACCAAGCAUUACUGGAAACUGACGUGGCGGAGUCAGUGGACUUGUUACAUGACAACGGCGAGGCAUUAGUUCAAAUAAAAGAAGCCAAAGUUGUCAAAGAAUGUCCUAAGACGCCGGCGAAUAGGAUUCCCCUCGCAGACCUUAUUGGCAAUACUGAAGAUGCCUUCAAUCACGCCCCAAAACAGGAAUGCACGCCCAUUGAUCAUGUAAUCUGGCAGCAUGUACCCGCAAGCUCAAGUUCGGAUGCGUCUCAAUCGUCUGCCACCCGCGAUAAAAAGCGUCGUCAUAGCUCGUCCCCAACCAGUUCGCCAUUGACAGACAGUCUAAAAGGCAUAAAAGAACCAUUUGACCCGCAAUCAAUUCAGUCAAUGCUCAGGACCCCACAGAAUGACUUUGCUGCUGAACUAUGGAGCAGUUAUGUGGGGAAAAGCACCGUCGAUAACAAUGGGAAUUUGCUUCCUCGUUUCGCCAAUCUCCUUUCAUCCUCGCCACAGACUCCAGUGGCGGCCAAAACAAGCAGAGAUUCUUCAAGCCUACGAAGAUCAACCAGUUGCAAUGCCGAUUGGCCUAUUUCUAAUGCGAAAAGGAGAAGAAUAUGGAGAGAAGAUGCCGGCGCUGGUCGGGGCAUUUUCUCUCGGACAAAGAGCAACAUACUCGAUUCAGGGGAAUCUAAAUCAUUUAAGAUCAAUUCUCUUCUCGAAAAGAUUGAGCGAAGUUUACAGAAACCGUCGGGUCGUCAUGUCGAACGACCGUCGAGCUCAUCGCCUUUACCCAUGCGCUCUGAUGCAAUACGAAGUCGGUCGCCAUCCCCGGUGGAAGGGAAGAAGGGUUUUCGUGCUGCUAGGAAGGCUAACAAAAUGAGCAAGCCUGCGAAUGAUGACAAUGGUCUUGACCAAUUAAGGGAAGUUCCUCUUCAAGAGUCUUCUUCCUCUGAUUAUGGGGACGACGAUUUGGACCAGGAGUUUUUGGAAAUGGCCGAAGCCUCGAUAGGUUCACUGGAGGGUUUGACGGGACAGCACGACAAUACAGAAGGCUGCUCGAAUCUCCAUCAGAUGGAACCUCAACGCCCGAGGGAUGUUUCUCCUAGUCAUUCUGAAGCCAAUAAUCCGGUCUCGAAUCAAAAUAUAAUCAAGGAAGAUGAUUCUUAUGAUGCUGAUGAAUUUGAAGACGGCUACGAAGGAUUUCCGGAAAACAUAGAGGAGAUUCUAGCUAAGUAUGAACAGGAUCCGAACGCUAUUCAAGAGAUGGACUCCGUUAUCGGAGAGCAGUCAGCCUCUAGAGUACUGAGGGCGACCAAUGGUGCAUCAGGCUUUGGGACAAGUGGAAUGCCACCGACCAAGGCUAGCGAGUCUCAUGAAACACAUUCUAGCGAUGAAUUUGGCGAUGAUGAAUUUGAUAUAGAGGCUCUCGAACAGUCCAUGUCUAUGGUACAAUCCGGAAAAGUUGGAUCGAAUCAAGUUUGUCGCCCUGGACAUGUAUGCUGAUAAUUGUUAGACAUUAACUGAGGAAUCUUACAAAUAGAAACUUCAAAGUCGAC